AUGGAUCAUAUAUGCAAGUUUCCUGCCCUCAUUUGGCUUCUGUAUUUGAUUUGUGUUUUAAUAUAUUCCCCCUUCUUUUCCCCCCCAGUUUGUGCGGGCACAGAGAACAAGCUGAGCUCUCUGUCUGAUCUUGACCAACAAUAUCGUGCAUUGCGCAAGUACUACGAGAACUGUGAGGUGGUCAUGGGCAACCUCGAAAUCACCAGCAUCGAACACAACCGAGACCUCUCCUUUUUACGGUCAAUCCGAGAAGUCACAGGCUACGUCUUGGUUGCUCUGAAUCAAUUUGAGUACCUUCCCUUGGAGAAUCUCCGCAUCAUUCGUGGAACAAAACUCUACGAAGAUCACUAUGCUUUGGCCAUCUUCCUUAAUUACAAAAAGGAUGGAAGCUAUGGACUCAGGCGCCUUGGACUGAAGAACCUGACUGAAAUCUUAAGGGGAGGAGCAUACGUUGGUCAGAACAGGGUCCUUUGCUAUGCGGAUACGAUCCAUUGGGAAGACAUUGUCCGUAAUCCUUCAGCUUCCAACUUCUCUGUGGUUCCGAAAAACAGCAGUACAGAUUGUGGCCAUUGUCACAAAUCCUGUGGAAACAGAUGUUGGGGAUCUUCUGCUGAUGAGUGCCAGAGCUUAACGAAGAUGGUGUGUGCCGAGCAAUGUGACGGGCGGUGCUAUGGGCGCUCUGUCAGCGAGUGCUGCCACCGCGAAUGCGCUGGAGGCUGCUCCGGGCCCAAGGACACGGACUGCUUUGCGUGCUUGAAUUUCAAUGACAGCGGGGCCUGCGUCACACAAUGUCCCCAGACCUCGGUAUACAACCCUGCCACCUUCCAGAUGGAGACCAACCGAGACGGCAAAUACACCUACGGCGCUUUCUGUGUCAAAAAGUGCCCACAUAACUUUGUGGUGGAUAUCAGCUCUUGUGUUCGGGCCUGCCCCAGCCCCAAGAUGGAAGUUGAAGAAAAUGGUAUUAAGACCUGCAAGCCGUGUACGGACAUCUGCCCCAAAGCAUGUGACGGCAUAGGUACGGGAAGUUUGAUGUAUGCGCAGACGGUCGACUCCAAUAACAUUGACCAGUUUGUCAACUGCACCAAGAUCAAUGGGAAUCUGAUCUUCCUGGUCACUGGAAUCCACGGGGACCCUUAUCACAUGAUUGAAGCCAUUGACCCGCAGAAUUUAAACGUCUUCCAAACAGUGAGGGAGAUAACAGGUUACCUGAAUAUACAGUCGUGGCCAGAAAACAUGACAGAUUUCAGUGUCUUUUCGAAUUUGGUUACCAUAGGCGGACGAGCACUUUACAGCGGCCUCUCCUUGCUUAUUCUCAAGCAGCAGGGAAUUCGAUCGCUGCAUUUCCAGUCCUUGAAGCAUAUCAGUGCUGGCAACGUCUACAUAACAGACAAUACUAACUUGUGCUUCUAUCACACCAUCAACUGGACCAGUCUCUUCAGCACUGCCAACCAAAAGACUGUGAUCCACAGAAACAAGAAGGCUGAAAACUGCACUGCAGAGGGGAUGGUGUGCAGCCGCUUGUGCUCCAAGGACGGGUGUUGGGGCCCUGGGCCCGACCAGUGUUUGUCCUGUAAGCGCUUCAUCCGAGGAAGGACCUGUGUGGAAGCUUGUAACCUCUAUGAGGGUGAAUUCCGGGAGUUUGCAAAUGGUUCCGUCUGUGUGGAUUGUGACCCCCAGUGUGAGAAGAUGGAUAAUAGUAGGAUCACAUGCAGGGGACCAGGACCAGAUCACUGUACCAAGUGCUUCCAUUUUAAAGAUGGCCCAAACUGCGUGGAGAAGUGCCCUGACGGCGUGCAGGGGGCCAGCAGCUUCAUCUUCAAAUAUGCCGACGAGAACCGCGAGUGCCACUCUUGUGAUCCAAACUGUACACAAGGGUGUAGAGGCCCCGCUAGUCAUGACUGCAUUUACUAUCCGUGGACGAGCGAGUCCACGUUACUCCAACCCGCUAGGACCCCCCUGAUUGCUGCUGGAGUGAUUGGCGGACUCUUCAUCAUCGUCAUUUUAGGCCUGACCUUUGCGGUUUACGUGAGACGCAAGACCAUCAAGAAAAAGAGGGCCUUGCGACGGUUCCUGGAGACUGAGCUGGUCGAACCCUUGACCCCAAGCGGCACCGCACCUAACCAGGCACAGCUUCGGAUCCUGAAGGAAACGGAGCUCAAGCGUGUGAAGAUCCUUGGAUCUGGGGCCUUUGGAACGGUGUACAAGGGUGUUUGGGUUCCUGAAGGAGAGAGCGUGAAGAUUCCUGUGGCAAUUAAAAUCCUGAAUGAGACCACCGGUCCAAAAGCCAAUGUGGAAUUCAUGGAUGAAGCGCUGAUCAUGGCGAGCAUGGACCAUCCCCACCUGGUCCGGCUCCUGGGGGUGUGCUUGAGCCCGACAAUCCAGCUGGUCACUCAGCUGAUGCCCUACGGCUGCCUGCUGGAAUACGUCCACGAGCACAAAGACAACAUUGGCUCCCAGCUGCUGCUGAACUGGUGCGUCCAGAUAGCCAAGGGAAUGAUGUACCUGGAAGAGAGACGCUUGGUCCACCGAGACUUGGCGGCCCGGAAUGUCUUGGUGAAAUCACCGAAUCACGUGAAGAUCACAGACUUUGGCCUGGCCAGGUUACUGGAAGGGGACGAGAAAGAAUACAGCGCAGAUGGUGGAAAGAUGCCAAUUAAAUGGAUGGCUCUUGAAUGUAUCCAUUACCGGAAAUUCACACAUCAGACCGACGUUUGGAGCUAUGGUGUUACUAUUUGGGAGCUGAUGACCUUUGGUGGAAAGCCCUAUGAUGGCAUCCCAACGAGGGACAUUCCUGACCUGUUAGAGAAAGGGGAGCGCUUGCCACAACCUCCCAUCUGCACCAUUGACGUUUACAUGGUCAUGGUGAAAUGCUGGAUGAUUGAUGCAGACAGUCGGCCGAAGUUCAAGGAGCUGGCUGCCGAAUUCUCCCGAAUGGCUCGAGACCCUCAGAGAUACCUGGUCAUUCAGGGGGAUGACCGCAUGAAACUGCCAAGCCCAAAUGACAGCAAGUUCUUCCAAAACCUGCUCGACGAGGGGGACCUGGAAGAUAUGAUGGAUGCCGAAGAAUACCUCGUCCCCCAGGCAUUUAACAUUCCUCCACCCAUGUACACCUCCAGGGCAAGAAUCGAUUCCAACAGGAGUGAAAUUGGACACAGCCCUCCUCCUGCCUACACCCCCAUGUCAGGAAACCAGUUUAUCUACAGAGAUGGCAGCUUGGCUGCAGAACACGGAAUCCCUCUGCCGUAUCGGGCUGCCAUCCCGAGCCUCGUGCCCGAACCCCCCCUUGCACAAGGCGCUGCAGAGAUCUGUGACGACACUUGCUGCAAUGGUACCCUUCGAAAACAGGUGGCCACUCUGGUGCAGGAAGAGAGCGUUGCUCAGAGGUACAGCGCAGACCCGACCAUUUUUGUACCGGAACGGGGGCCAAGGAACGAGCUUGAUGAAGAUGGGUACAUGACUCCGAUGCCGGAGAAGUCUAAAACAGAUCACGUGAAUCCAGUGGAGGAGAACCCAUUCGUGUCCCGGCGGAAGAACGGUGAUCUCCAAGCGCUGGACAACCCCGAGUACCACAACGGCCAAACUGGGCAACCCAAAGCAGAGGAUGAGUAUGUGAACGAGCCCUUGUACCUCAACACCUUUGCAAGCACCUUGGAGAGUGCGGAGUACAUGAAGAAGAAUGGGCUUCCAUUGCCAGAAAAGCCCCGGAAGGCCUUCGACAACCCCGGCUACUGGAAUCACAGCCUGCCUCCGAGAAGCACCCUACAACACCCGGACUACCUGCAGGAAUACAGCACAAAAUAUUUUUACAAACAAAACGGAAGGAUCCGGCCUAUUGUGGCGGAGAACCCUGAAUACCUGUCAGAGUUCUCCUUGAAGCCUGGCACAAUGCUGCCUCCUCCACCCUACAGACACCGAAACACCGUCGUGUAACCCCGGAAGUAUUAGAGAAAUAGAGAACCAUACCAGCACUCUUUCC